AGAAGUACUGGUUUGUAGCCACCUCAACUCCGCCUCCCCACAAUGGUUGACUUAACACCUGGCAAUUAUACUUGGAGUUUUACCGGUACAUGUCAAGUCAUACCUUUUACCUCCCUGUAGGUUGGAGAUGGGUUGCCGUCCUAUCCCCCGAAAUGUAAGGCACCUGGGUUCUUCUUUUCAUUUCACAGCAGUUUACUGAGCGCAUAUAUCGUAAACAUAUGCCUCGCACAGAAUGUGAUGUCAGGUAAGAUAACUUACCUUGGAUACAAUUAGGAGCAGUCUUGAGCACUCUCCCCACAAUGCUUGGCUGCGGCUACCAACCGCAACAGGAGCUCACAGCUCAUCAUUCACCACUCACUUCAUCAAACAUUGUCAAGCAGAACAGUCACCUCAACACAGCAAAAAACAAUCACAUUUCAUCAGCACCACUUUACAGAGCUACAAACUUAGCUACAAAUACACAGACUCUCUGUAGCCCUUUAAUUUCAUGCUUUCCGUAGUACUGAAAUGAGCCUGCCACCAUGACCGUCUUCGCACUCAUCAUCAUCAACAAGGCCGGCGGUCUCAUUUACAACCGAACCUUCCACGAAGGGGGCCUAAACAAAAUCAGCACCAACGACUAUCUCGUCCUCGCUGGUACUUUCCAUGGCGUCCACGCCAUUACAGCCCGCCUCAGCCCCAUCCCUACCCUAGGAGCAAACCGCAACUCGGCCUCAUCAGCUGGCACCAUGACCCGGCCGGAACCACCAUCCGGAUUGGAAGUCCUAGAGUCAGAAAACUUUCGGCUGCAAUGCUUCACUACUCUGACAGGCAUCAAGUUCCUCCUCUUCACCGACACAACACAAACAAACGUCGACUUGACCAUGCGGCGGGUCUACGAGAUGUACACAGACUAUGUCAUGAAGAACCCAUUCUACCAGUUGGAAAUGCCGGUGCGCUGCGACAUGUUUGACAGGAAGUUGUUGUCGUAUAUUAGGGAGAUUAACAACAGGUAGACAGUGUCUGCUGGUCAAGGGCUGGUGUUGGUCUGUCAAGUGUCGGAUUCAAGCAUGAGGAGUUAUCAGGCGUUCAUGGGAAACAUUAUGAGAUCCACAGUGCGAUUAGGGGAAUUACUCCGCCGUUUAAUGGCAAAACAGAUCUAUUCUACAAGAAGCCCUUCCGCUGGGGGCAUAGCCGCUGAUUCUUUGGGAAGAGUUGAUAUCG